AGCCUUUAAAUCCCAUAAUUCCCAACCGCUGGACGUUGCGUUUAGUUUCCGCUCCUCAUCUCUCAGCAGUGGUGUGUAAUUUUUCGAAGGGUAGGGCAAGUCUGUGUGAUAAACUCUGCAAAACCCGGGUGGGGCUUGGUGCCAGACAGGCGACAAUGGGCAACAAAAUACCCAGCAACGACAUUUGUGCCAUAGUGUCCUUAUUCAAAGCAGGACACCAUCUCCAGGAAAUUUCCAGUAUUACGGGAGUGAAGCUGAGAUCAGUGCAGCGAUGGGUGAAGCGUUACCGUGAAGGGAGCUAUCCAUAUCCUGCCACCCACAGCAAACGUCCCGGGAUAGAGCGCAGGACAUCUACCAGCACCUUGAACAUCAAAAGAGAGAUAAAAAGCGAUCCGCGUUUGACAGCGAAAGAAUUAAAAGAAAGAAACCCUACUUUGAUCGGGGCGGUGUCUCUGAGGACAGGUCAGCGGCGCAUUCACGAUUACCUGGGCUACCGCAGCUGCUGGGCAACCAGUGACAGCAGUUCCCCUCGGGCCUCCAAGAUCCGAGGGCAGUGCAAAUGGAGUUACACCCCAGAAAAAAAGAAGCGUGUAGUAAAGGCAGUGCUUGAGGAGGGCUUGUCGCUGCGCCAGGCGUCUCACAUCUAUGGGGUGCCAAGAGGCACUAUAUGGAAUUUCAUCUUCACCCAACAAUCGUCGGCUCGUUCUUCCACUACUUCCUCCUCCUCCUCCUCCUCCUCCUCCUCUUCCUCCUCUUCCUCCUCCUCCUCCUCCUCCUCCUCCUCCUCCUCCUCCUCCUCCUCUUCAGGUGCAUCCAGGAGCUCCCCAUACACACUGCGGCGUCACUCAACUCUAAUGGAUUCCUCACGCAGCCCAAAGAAGUCUCCUUACCACUUUAGGAAGCAUCUCAAUGUGAGGCAGAGUGUUCUGGCAUCCUUACAUGGCAAGAGUCCCCUGGCCAGCCACAGCAAGGGGUCUGUUAGUCCUGCCACUGCCACCAGCAACAGUGCCACCUCAACACAGGCACUCCAGCGUGGAAAGAGUGCCAAGGAUGUUGGACGGAGCAAAGUGAGCAGCCGGCGCAGAAACAAAGCAGAGCAUAGGGGCAGUGUGUGCUGCUUCUGUGGCAGCGCUGAGGACAACACUGUGCUGCUGGGCAAGAUGUGCCACAUGAGGGACUUCCAUGUGCACUACUACUGUUUGCUGUUCUCCAGUGGACUUCCACAGAAUGGAGAAGAUAAUGAAGGUAUUUUGGGAUUCCUGGAGGAGGACAUUAUGAGAGAAGUUUUGCGUGGAAAGAAGCUGAGUUGCUCCUACUGCCUACGGAAGGGAGCCACUAUAGGCUGUGUGGAGAAGAAGUGCAAGCGGACCUAUCAUUUUCCUUGUGGCAUAAAAAACAACGCAUUGUGUAUGUUUAGCAAUGACUACAGAUCAUACUGUAGCCAGCACCGUGAGUACCAGUCUGGAGUGGGUGUGGGCCAGGUCCAUCAGUGCCCCAUCUGUUUGGAGACGCUGGUGGCUGACCCCAAGCUGGCUUUGUGGGCACCCUGCUGCCAGCGCAACUCUUGGUUCCACAAAUUGUGCCUUCAGAUGGUUGCCCUGAGUGCUGGUUACUUCUUCAAGUGUCCACUUUGCAAUGACAAAGAUAUCUUCCUGCCAGAAAUGAAGAAGCAAGGCAUAUAUGUUCCUGAACAAGAUGCCAGCUGGGAGUUGGAACCAAAUGCCUUUAAUGAGUUGCUGGAGCGACCCAUCCGCUGUGAUGCAGACAAGUGUGCCUGUCCUGAUGGGCGGAAAGUGGACAUGGAUGGAACGUGGUGGGAGGUGUUGCUGUGCAAUCUGUGUGGCUCUACAGGUGUGCAUGUGAGAUGUGGUGGUCUGCCCUUCACUGCCAAGUCCUGGACCUGCAGUGAGUGUCUCUCAACCACUGGUGCCGUCAGUGACGCUCCCUCUGACACGCCUGCCAGGUCCACCCGUCACUGCACCCGCCGUGCCAGAGAGGCCGGGGAUGAGGGAGUCAGUGGUGAUGGUGACAGUGCAUCUCCCAAGAGAAUAAAGCUUGAAAAGAAUAAGGAACCAAGUCCCCUUGAAGCUCCAAGAGAGGAUGAUGCCACCAGUGUAUCACCAGACACAGUGUUAUGGGAGUUGGAGGAGCUUGGAGAGGAGGUACCAGUAGUCCUUCAACAUCUGAAGGAUAGGGUACGACUUGCCCAUGCCAGGAUGAAGGAGCUGAGGCUAACAGAGAGAGAAGUUGUGAGAGCAGCUCAGCGAAUCAGUGCCAGUGCUGUCACUUCAGGAUCACAUGCUACACCAGGACAGCAGCCACACAUUGACAGAAAGGCCUCUUCACCAUUCUCCACUACAUCACACUCUCAGCCCAGUUUGCAGCCACCCAAACUUAGCCUCUUUAAAAGCCAAACUCUCCCUAACAAAGGUCAGCUCACUUUGGUAGGGAUGCAUCACAGCCCUGCACCUGCCUCUGUCCCAGCUGCAGGUCCUGUGCCUUCCCCUGACAGUGAUCAAACUGACAAACCUCCCUGCCAGACAUUUUCCCUUGAUAAAGCACAUUUGUUGGCACUGUGGCGCUGCGCUCUGCCGGUGGCACGUGUGGAGGAAGUUUUGCGCAUUUUGGAGACUGUUUUCACUGAGCGAGAGGCCGAAGUAGCCAAGGCAGCUAUCACUCGUGCUUCACGCCAUCGUCCGUCCCCACGUGCCACACCUUCACGCAGGCGGACCCGUGCCAUGCAGUGCACCACAUCCACCACCACCCCUUGGAAAGCUUGGUCAACACCACAGUGUACUUCAUGGAGCCCUACAGUAUUACAGAAUAAGUCACAGCAGCCUGCAACACUGCAGAGUCCCACACAGCAUCCUGCAAUACUGCAGAGUCCCUCACAGCAGUCUGCAACACUGAAGAGUCACUCAGAGCAGUCUGCAACACUGAUGAGUCUCUCACAGCAGCCUGCAACACCAUCAAGUAUCUCACAGCAGUCAGGAACACCUUGCUCGUGGACAUUUAAGACACCGUGCAGUGAGUCACAUGAACCUAUAACGUCACAUAGUGAAUCUAAUCAUCCCAGGACACCACACAGUGAUGUGCACCAACCUGACACUCAACAGGACAGUUCUCCACUUUUCAUCAGAGUGAAGAGUGGGUUGCAUUGGUCUGACACAGUGUGUAGCGAGGCACAGCAUUGUAUCUCAGCACAAAGGGAAGUGCAAGAGUCAUGUGUGACAGCCACAUGCCAUGUCGCUCGUGUUAGAGCCUCUGAGGAAUCCAAUCCGCCAAGGAGUGCAUGUCGGCGACUGUUGCUCCAGCCUGGAACCAGCAUCACCACCAGAAAUUCCAAGACAGACAACAGAGACAACAAGGACUCGGCUGGCUGUGAGGAGGGUGCCACAGGGGACACCGCCUCUGAUAGGUAUGCUACACCACUAUUGGCUGUUUGCCUUAACACGUGCAACAAAAAGUCCUUAAAUGAAUCAGUAGGGAGCAAGCAAAGCAGAUCAAGAGUAGGGCAGAGCAAGCGUUCACAUGUCAAGGACUGCAAAAAGUACACUCAGAAGUCCAUCUCUCCCUUCUUCCUGAGACGAGCCAAGUAGCUGUUCUUUGCUCCUUGUAUAAGCAGGUUAAUUUUUAUGUUAGUAUGAGUAGAAAUAGAGAGAGAGAGAGAGAGAGAGAGAGAGAGAGAGAGAGAGAGAGAGAGAGAGAGAGAUUGUAUGGACACAAAUUUGGCUCAUUUUUAAAUUAAUAUACACUAAGGCAAGGAGAGAGAGAGAGAGAGAGAGAGAGAGAGAGAGAGAGAGAGAGUUUGUAUGGACACAAAUGGAAAAUGUCUUAAAAAAACAAAGAUGUUUGUAAUAUUUGUAUGAGUCAUUACAGUACCACAGAAAAAAGCAGCUCGGUGAAAGCUCAGUGAGUCACUACAGUAUCACAAAGCAGCUCAUUGAAAUAUGCAAGUUUUGGUUCACUACAGUAUCCAAAGCAGCUCAUUGAAAUACACAAGUUUUGCAUCACUACAGUACCUCAAAGCUUAUUGUUUAGACAGAAAUGGGAAUGACAGCUUUGAUGAUGAAUUGUAACUUGAAUAAUGCAUUACAAUUAAGUAGGUAGCUCAAUAAUGGUGUGACUAUUCAACAAGUGCACGUUUUAUUUAUUGAUUGAAUUUUUUUAAUGGUGUGUGUGUGUGUGUGUGUGUGUGUGUGUGUGUGUGUGUGUGUGUGUGUGUGUGUGUGUGUGUGUGUGUGUGUGUGUGUGUGUGUGUGUGUGUGUGCGCGCGCACCGGUGCAUUUUAGCUUUUGCUUAAGUUAUUUUACUAAUUAUAAAUACAGAGCAUCAGUGCUCUAGCUGUCCUGUUUCCUUGUGUGUGUGUGUGUGUGUGUGUGUGUGUGUGUGUGUGUGUGUGUGUGUGUGUGUGUGUGUGUGUGUGUGUGUGUGAGUUUGUACAGUAAACAAGUGGUGAGUAUGCCAGUGUUGUGUUUGUCUUCUAGUGGAGUGACAGAAUGCUUGUCUUACUCUCCAUGCACAGUGAUUGAUUCCCCAGUGUGCUGAGAGAAUACUGGGGCUUUUUGUGGGAUAGUGGUACUGUUGUAUUCACCUGUGGCUUGUGAAUGGGUGCCAUAAAUGUUGAGUGGUUCAUCCCCCUUGAUGGAGUGUUGGAGGUGAUGUGUUGGGAGGUGAUGAAAUCUCAGAUGGCUUCAUUGCCAGCAAUUUCAGUGUUGAGUUGUCAGACCAAGACUCAUUGUGAACAUUUGAGUAAUGCUUUUUCUAGAGAUGAAAUCUACUUGAGGGAGAAGUGACUUAAGUAAAACACAAAAUUUUAUAAAAAUGCAACAUAGACUUCAUCCUUGUGAGCACAUACAUGUGUAUGUGCCACCUGAAGCAGUAAAUGUAGCACACAGCAUCUUUGUAUAGUUUAUUUGUAUAUACACAUCAUGUACACUACACCUGUUUAAACAGUACACUUGUAUGUAUAGUCUGUUUAUGAAUGACUUUCAGACAAUUAUAGACAAUUAUUUGAUUGCUUGAACAUUUUGCUGAGUGUGGUGUCAGGUGACAGCAAGGGGUGGGGCCUUGACACAUCAUCACCCUGGACAUGGGACAUCACCCUGGGCAUGGGACAUCAUCACUCUGGGCAUGGGACAUUAUCACCCUAGACAUGAGACAUUAUCACCCUGGACAUGGGACACCACCCUAGGUAUGGGGCAUCAUGCCCCUGGACAUGGGACAUCAUGAUCCUGGACAUGGAACAUCAUCACGCUGGACUUGGAAAACUACCCUAGAUGUGGGACAUCAUAAUCCUGGGCAUGUGACAUUGUCACCCUGGGCAUGGGACAUCAUCACUCUGGACAUGGGACAUCAUCAGCCUGGAUAUGGGCCCCCAUCAUCACCCUGCACAUGGGCCUGGCUUGGUAAUAUGACAUCAACAAACUUGACAAGAAAAGUAUCGCAUUCAAUUUGACAGUGGCAGUUUGUUUAAAGGUUUGCUUCUAAGGUAUGUCUGACUAUGAGGGACUGUAUACUGAUAUAAGGUAUCAUGACUGUCAUUACUGUUUGUUACAAUGAGCCAACAACAGGAUUAACAGUAUUGACUUGUAUUACUUUUCAUGGAUUUUCUAAUACAACUUUUUAUGGAAUGUAUAAAAAAGAGUAAAAGUAGAACUCAGCUUCUACCAUUUCCAGAACAGUGUUAAGAUCAUUUGUUUUUGAGUUUUUUUUAUUUUGAAUCACAGAAAAGUUUAAGUUUAGUUUGGUGGUUUCAGAAUUGUGUCAGUUCGAUAUUCACUUGUUGAGCAUCAUGUCGUUGCUGACAACCUCUGGCAUUGCCUUCACUAUUAUUGCAGCUCUCUUGCAUCAUCCUCAAAUGUACAGUGGUCUUCCUUAUUCUGCUCAUUGUCAUGAUCACUGCACCAUUGUUAAUACUUAAGAUCACUAUCAUUAGUGCUACCUUUAUCAUCACCAUAAUAAUUCACCAUAAUGAAGUCUCUGCUUUCAGGUUUACGCAUUAUUAUCACUCAAAACCACUACCAUAAGAGUUAUUCUGUUUAGUAAUGCCAUGUCAGAGUUAGUAAUAACUGAACAAAAGCUACCCUCAAGAUCAUCACAGUAGUAUCAUUAUCUGUUAACAAGUUUCUUUCCUGUGAUCUGUCAUCAGUGAUCUGUGUCACCAGUAUUGCAUGUGAUUUUGCUGUGUGUGUGUGUGUGUGUGUGUGUGUGUGUGUGUGUGUGUGUGCGUGCGUGCGUGCGUGCGUGCGUGCGUGCGUGCGUGCGUGCGUGCGUGUGUUCGUGCGUGCGUGCAUGCAUGCGUGCGUGCGUGCGUGUGUGUGCCUGGUUGUAACUAUGGCAAAAGAACUUCGUACUGUUUUGUCUCCAUGACUACUUUGUAAUCCAACUUUUUAUUAAAACCAUGAAUGCUCCUCGCCAGGACCACAUUCUCUUCAAAUUGUUCCAGACCUCUGUGCUUUUUUUUUUUUUGGAAAAUAGAUGAAAUAAAGAUGAAAAUUUAACUAUACCUGUACUGAGGAGAGUUGAUGUAACAGGAAGGGGAGGAGAGAUGGUGUAAGAGGAAGGGAAGGAGGAGAGAUGUUAUUGUUUGGAAAGAGAAUCCCAUCCACAGGUCAUUGAUUUUGCCAUAAUAAAGAGCUCAGCAAGA